AACCUUUCCCAAAUCUCCCACAUUUUCUCCCUCCCAAAAUCCACCCAUAACCACCUCCUCAUCUUCUUCCCAAUCAAAAAUCUCCUAAAUUAAAAAUAAAAUAAAAACAAAGAGAGAGAAAGGGAACAACCAAUUCCACCACCAGCAAUGGCCAACAUGCUCGUGGCUUCCUCCUCCAAAACCCUCCCCACCACAACAACCACCACCAUCACCCCAAAACCCAAAUUCCCUCUCCUCAAAACCCCACUCCUUAAACUCUCACCACCGCAGCUCCCACCUCUUAAACACCUCAACCUCUCCGUCCUCAAAUCCGCCGCCAUUACCGCUACCCCUCUCACCCUCUCCUUCCUCCUCCCCUACCCAUCCCUAGCCGAAGAAAUCGAGAAAGCGUCCCUUUUCGACUUCAACCUGACUCUCCCCAUAAUCAUGGCGGAAUUCCUGUUCCUUAUGUUCGCCCUUGACAAGAUAUACUACACCCCACUGGGCGACUUCAUGGAUAAGCGUGACGCCUCCAUUAAAGAACAGCUCUCCGGUGUGAAGGAUACUUCCUCGGAGGUUAAGCAACUUGAAGAACAGGCUAACGCCGUGAUGCGCGCUGCCCGUGCGGAGAUCUCAGCUGCUUUGAACAAGAUGAAGAAGGAGACUCAGCUUGAGGUUGAAGCUAAAUUGGCGGAAGGAAGGAAGAAGAUUGAAGUAGAACUUCAAGAAGCUUUGGGGAGUUUGGAACAACAAAAGGAAGAUACUAUUAAGUCUCUUGAUUCUCAGAUUUCUGCUCUUAGUGAUGACAUUGUUAAGAAGGUUCUUCCUGUUUCUUAAUUUUGGUUUUUAAGUUUUGUAUUUUUAAUGUGAAAUUUGUAUAAGAAUGGAUAUACUUGAUACUCUAUGCUUAAUUUGUGGAUUUGGUGGUGCUUUUGUAA